GUCUUCGUUUACUCGUCGACAGAGAAGGGUGCGCCAAAAGUCUGAAAACAUGUUUUGUGUAUUGCAAGAGAACGGGUUUUCCAACUAAAAAUGCAUUUUAUACUUUAACAGCAGUGUGAUACUAGAUUUUAUCAAAUCUAGGGAUAUACCUUUAAUGUAUUUUUCUAAUUUUGUAGUGUAAAACUAGUUCGUGAAAAAGAACGGUGUUAUUUUGAUUGUUAAGUGAGUGAACUUAAUCAAAAUGGCGCAUCAAAUGCCCCCGUCGGUGAACUGUUCACUGGAUGAUAUCGACUUGACAGCCCUAAAGGACCCAGCAGGAAUCUUUGAGCUGAUCGAAGUCGUUGGGAACGGCACUUAUGGACAAGUUUACAAGGGUCGACAUACAAAAACUGGACAGCUCGCCGCCAUUAAAGUCAUGGACGUCACGGAAGACGAAGAAGAAGAAAUUAAGUUGGAAAUUAACGUACUGAAGAAAUAUUCGAACCAUCGAAACAUCGCGACUUAUUAUGGAGCGUUUAUUAAGAAAUCACCACCUGGGAAGGAUGAUCAGUUGUGGCUGGUCAUGGAAUACUGUGGAGCUGGGUCGGUAACGGAUCUGGUGAAGUCUACCAAAGGGCAGUCCUUAAAAGAGGAGUGGAUAGCGUACAUUUGUCGGGAAAUACUCAGGGGAUUGUCCUAUUUACAUACGAAUAAGGUCAUACACAGAGAUAUUAAAGGGCAGAAUGUUUUACUAACUGACAACGCCGAAGUUAAAUUAGUGGAUUUCGGCGUAUCAGCCCAACUGGACCGGACAAUUGGACGUCGUAAUACAUUCAUCGGUACUCCCUAUUGGAUGGCCCCCGAAGUUAUAGCUUGCGAUGAAAAUCCCGAUGCCACAUAUGACAAUCGCAGUGAUCUUUGGUCUCUCGGUAUUACUGCCUUGGAAAUGGCAGAAUCUCAGCCUCCUUUAUGCGAGCUGCACCCCAUGCGGGCUCUCUUCCUAAUUCCAAGAAACCCUCCACCUCGACUGAAAAGUAAAAAAUGGAACAAAAAAUUCCAUGGCUUUAUCGAGACUGUGCUAGUAAAAGACUACCACGAACGGCCUUACACAGAGCAGCUGCUCAAACACUCUUUCAUUAGGGACCAACCGACAGAGAGGCAGGUAAGGAUUCAAUUGAAAGAUCACAUCGAUAGAUGUAAAAAGAGAAAGCAGGAGAAAGAGAGAGAAGACUACAGAUACUCGGGAUCUGAGAAUGAAGAAGAAGAACCUCAGGUCGCCGGAGAACCUAGUAGUAUUAUUCAAGCACCAGGUGGUGAUACUUUAAGAAGGAACUUCCAGCAAAUUCAAGAAGGGCGCACCCUUAGCCAAGUGGAACCUCCUCCAAGGGGUGGUAAAAAUAAAGAUAGAGAAGAAAUUCCAGAGCCAGGACCACCUGCUAGACCUCCAAUUCCUCAAAGAAUGAUAGUUGUUCCAGAUCCAGCUCCCCCGCGAAGGCCUUUACCGCCACCGCCUGAUAACAACUUUGGCGCACCGAAGUCUCAAAAUCAACAACAGCAAAGAAAUUCGCAGCACCAAUUCAAGCCGAUGCAGGGUCCUGCACGUAAGCCUGAGGAACUGGAUGCUCUGGCUGCUCAUUUGAACGAACUCGGCGUACAACAAACGAACCAACCCGAGGCACCACCCCGAAACAGAAACUACAAGCAAUCACAAUCGGCAUCUAAUAACAACGUUACAACUCCAAGCUCAGCGGUGAAUCAUACACCGACCAAUCAAGGCGGCAAUAAUAUUGAUAGUUUAGUUGAUAGUGAGACUGAUUCCGAACCAGAAGACAACGGUAGAGUAAGGAAUGAUGGAACGCUGUUGGCUAGCGAUCCUCCCAAACCGCUAGCCGGUCUAGGUGUAGUUCCAGAAGGGACAGCGAGCGUAUCAAGUCCAGGAGCCACUGCAGGAUCCGGAUCAAGUUCCUCAAGUGCUCCCAACAGACCGCUACCUCCAACUCCAGAUGACGACGAAUCUCAGGGCGACCGAACACUUGUAUUGAGGAAGAAUGGCAGAAGCAACGAUCACCCUAGACAAAGUGUCCUACCGGAUUUACUUAGCCAAGCUAGUGGUAGUCCAGGUACUCCGUCUACAAGGGAUAAAUCAUCAAAUGAAGAGUUUCUCAUAACCCCUCCGUCCUCAAUUAAAAAACCGUCUCCACAAACAAGUCACUUACAUGCUAACGCUCUUGCCUUGCAACAGAAACAGCGCUCCUUCCUGGCUUUCGGCUUCGGAGCGAGUUCGGCGCCAUCUAGACGAGAAUCACAUGUCAAUGUCAACGUGACGCCGACAUCUCACGACAUGUCAUCGGAUACGCCUGAAAUUAGGAAGUACAAGAAGCGGUUUAACAGCGAAAUUCUGUGUGCCGCGUUAUGGGGGGUCAAUCUCCUUAUAGGCACCGAACAUGGACUGAUGCUUUUGGAUAGAAGCGGACAAGGUAAAGUUUAUCAAUUAAUUUCGAGGCGAAGAUUCCAGCAAAUGGAAGUACUCGAAGGCCAAAACAUUCUUGUAACCAUAUCAGGGAAGAAAAAUAGGGUUAGAGUAUACUACCUCAGUUGGUUGAAGAGUAAAAUAUUAAGGACAGAUGGCGCUAGUGAUCAAGUGGAAAGGCGAAAUGGUUGGAUCAACGUAGGAGACCUCCAAGGUGCAGUCCACUUUAAAAUAGUUAAAUAUGAAAGGAUAAAGUUCCUGGUGAUCGCCCUAAAAGACAGUAUCGAAAUUUACGCGUGGGCGCCGAAACCUUACCACAAGUUCAUGGCUUUCAAGUCGUUCUGUGAUCUCCAGUAUAGGCCGCUGUUGGUGGACCUUACAGUCGAAGAGGGGACUCGCUUAAAAGUUAUUUACGGAAGUAGUGAUGGUUUCCAUGCCGUCGAUUUAGACUCGGCCAGCGUAUAUGAUAUAUACCUCCCGAAAAUUGCGCAGAAUGGAAUUUGUCCACAUUGUAUAGUUACUCUACCAAACAGUAAUGGUAUGCAACUUUUACUGUGUUAUGACAAUGAGGGUGUGUAUGUUAACACGUACGGUAGGAUAGCUAAAAAUAUGUUGCUCCAGUGGGGCGAAAUGCCAACUUCCGUGGCCUACAUUGGCACAGGCCAAAUCAUGGGUUGGGGCAACAAAGCCAUAGAAAUCCGCUCAGUCGAAUCAGGACACUUAGACGGUGUGUUUAUGCAUAAAAAAUCGCAGAGGUUAAAGUUUUUGUGCGAGCGAAACGAUAAGGUGUUCUUUUCUAGUGCAAAGAGCGGUUCCUCGUGUCAAAUUUAUUUCAUGACACUCAACAAACCGGGAAUGGCGAACUGGUAACAAUUUGGUUGAAGGUUACCAUUCGGUUAAGCACCAAGAAAGCUUAAGCUGACUAUACUUCCAGAUGCGUUGUUUUAUUAAAAUUGCUUCAAUAUAUCCUAUUAAUAAUUACUUUCCUCAGUAUUUUACCUAAAUCCACAGAGUGGUUCAAAACAGUGCUAAUUUACGAAAAUGUGGAAUUGUGAAGAAGAUUUUUAGGAAUAUUAGGUAAUGUUUUUAAUUGUUUAAAUCCUUAUAUGUUAGAAUUUAUACAUUUUACCUAUCCUUAUAUAUUAGAAAUUAGAAGAGAAUUGGAACAAGAAAUCCCAUUAACUUUUAUAUUAUGAAUGAAAAAAAUAAAUAAGGAAAUGGAUGUUGAAUCUACAAUACAUCAGUGCUAAGCGUUUGCCACUGGCAUAACGUACCAACAUGUAGAUAAUACUUUUUAAUAGUGCUAGAAAAUAAGCAGAAUAAAUUUAGGGGAAAGCCGAAGAAAAAUACACAACAAAAAAUAGGUUUUCAUAUAAGUACUAUUUAGAAAUUAUUAUAAUGAAGAUCCUGUAUAAUACCAUUUUUCACAUCUAACAUUUUCGUAAACGAUUGGACUGAGCCGUACUCUGUGUUUUAUGUGUUGUGUCCUAUUUUGAAUACUAGUCAAGAAAAAAUACUUUCUCGUUGAAAACAAUCAAUUUUCAUUCCGUUUUUGAUAGAAUAGCGCAUCUAGGUUACCAGCUUGCACUUGUUAAGAGGAUACAUAAGUAUGUAUGUGUGAUCGCUGGAAAAUAGUGAUUGAAUCUAGUACUGUAAAUGAUUAUGUCUAGGCAAGUGAUGUGAAAUGUGAAAGAAGUCUUUUUGAUAUAUAGACGGACGAUGUUUUUAUUUUGUUGCUUAGUUAGGUAGAAUAGCAAAAUUGUGAACUGUAAAAAUAUCAAAGAUUCUGGUUGGAAAUACUGGUUCCGGUACUGGGAAAAACUGGUUAAAAAAUUAAAGUAAUUAUCUUUUAUGCAAUAUACAAUUUCUGUUUUUGUA